GGGAGACGGACGGACGGAGGGCGGGCUGUUCUUAAAGGCGGGUCCUGAGGUUUGCUGGCGCCUGCUGUCCUGACUUACCUGAGUUCAGCACAGUUUGAUGCUGGGAGCCGUGUAAGUGAGUGCAGCGGGGGCCGUGAACAGGUCCUUGGAACUCUUGGGAGCAGGAUAUAACUCUGGGGUAGAAGUGAGGCUGAACAGAAGAAGCCAGAGGUAAACCACUGGACUCACGGACGCAUCAUGUCCAGCUCCCUGAUGGCUGGAGGUCAUGUGGUCAGCUUGACUCCCCACGAAGAAUCCAGGAUGGCCCUGCACCCAAGCUCCAACCCCAGCCUCCCAGCACUGUGUCCCUACUACACCACAGAGAGCUGGGGAACCCAGCCUCUGAUGGCCCCCACACUCUGCAAAGGCACCUCCAGCAGGUUCCAGCCUGCUCAGCAAGCAGAAGCCAAAGCUCACUGCCCCCUGCAGCACCCUAAGGAGCAGGCCUCAGGGACCUCACAGGACCUCGACUCCUGCAUUGACUUCUCACUGGAGACCCUCAACCAGAUGAUCCUGGAACUAGACCCCACCUUCCAGUUGCUUCCCUCUGGGACUGCUGGUCCCCAGGCUGAGCAGGCCAGCAGCAUCACUUCAAGGAGCAAGAAGGAGGAACCAGAAGCCUUAGAUAUAAAGUACAUCGAAGUGACCUCUACCAGAUCAAGAUGCUUCGACGGUCCCCAACGCUGCUCCAGCCCUUGUGUCACUCCACCCUUUGGCUCCCCACGCAAUGGCAGCCUCCUUUUCUCCAGAGACAUUCCCCGAGAGACUCGAAGCAGCAGCGAGAGCCUCAUCUUCUCUGGGAACCAGGGCAGGGGUCCCUCUCCCCACACCCCAUCUUCCCUUAGCAGUUCCAGCUCUGGCCAGGAGAGCAGGGCCUCAGGCUCCCCGCUGGCCACUCCUCCAGGUUGGGAGAAAGGGCCACGGGCCCCACAGCGGGGCAGCAAGGUCUCUGUGUUGUCAGCCAGCUCCACUUCAGAUGUCAGCUAUGUAUUUGGAAGCAGCCAGUCCCUCCCACACUCAAGCCUCUCCAGUUAUCAGUCGUCUUCGCGAUCCUUGGCGAGUCCAGCCAGCUCCUCUUCCAGCCUCCACAGCCUGGACCGAGGGUCCCCAUGUGUGAGACCUGGUGAUGCCCAGGCUCCCAGCAACCCAAUACCGAACAUGGGCCAGCCCCAAGCAGCCUACUGUCCUCCAGUCGCCAAGGAGCAGGCCAGCAGUUGCCCCCCUUCUAUCACCAACUCCAUGGUGGACGUACCCAUUGUGCUAAUCAAUGGGUGCCCAGAACCACAGUCUCCCCCAGCCCGGCAGACACCAGGACCCCAGGGCUCUGUCCAACCUCGGGCUGCAUCUCCCAGCCACCCCUGUCGGGCUCUCGAGAGCCACAGCCAGACUCUGCCAGAUGGUCCUGUGGCUGCAUCUCCAGACGGUGCUGUCAAGAGCAUGCAGCCCACCAUGAAGUUCGUGAUGGACACAUCCAAAUACUGGUUUAAGCCAAGCAUUACCCGAGAGCAAGCAAUUGAUCUGCUGAGGAAGGAGAAGCCAGGUGCUUUCGUCAUCAGGGACAGUUCCUCCUACCGGGGCUCCUUUGGCCUUGCCCUGAAGGUACAGGAGACGCCAGCUUCUGCCCCAAACCGACCAGGUGAGGACAGCACUGACCUUAUACGUCACUUCCUGGUGGAGUCUUCAGCCAAAGGGGUGCAUCUGAAAGGAGCAGAUGAGGAGCCCUACUUUGGGAGCCUCUCUGCCUUUGUGUGUCAACACUCCAUCAUGGCCCUGGCCCUGCCCUGCAAACUCACCAUCCCACACAAAGAACUGGGAGGCGCAGAACCAGCGCUGGACUCCCCCACGCAUGGCCAGACCUCUUGCCUGAAGAUAUCAGCUGGCUGCCACACCCUGUACCUGAGCUCGGUGAGCGUGGAGACCCUGAGUGGAGCCCUGGCUGUGCAGAAGGCCAUCUCAGUCACCUUGGAGAGGGAUGUCCUCCCCACACCUACCGUGGUCCAUUUCAAAGUCACUGAACAGGGCAUCACUCUGACAGAUGUCCAGAGAAAGUUGUUUUUCCGACGCCACUACCCACUUGCCACCCUCCGCUUCUGCGGAAUGGACCCUGAGCAACGGAAGUGGCAAAAGUACUGCAAAGCUUCCAGGAUCUUUGGGUUUGUGGCCAAGAGCCAGACGGAGACACAAGAGAACGUGUGUCACCUCUUCGCAGAGUACGAAGCAGUUCAGCCAGCUCUCCAGGUCAUCAGCCUGGUGACUGCUCUGAUCCAGGAUGCAGACAGGGUAUAGGAGAAGGGAAGCUGCCUAUGGACCUUCCCUGACAUCUCAAGAGACUUUCCCUGGCCAUGCCGCUGUGGUCACAUCGACAGACCUGACUGUCAGACCUGAGGACAGAGCAAGUUGAAGCUUUUGAGCCUGCUGUGACAUUCAGCAGUAACCUUCACCCAAUUCUUGGGCCUCAGGCUCUUCAAUUAUAUAUAAAGAGACCCAUCCGCAAGAAAAACGGUCCCUUGGAGACUCAGCUGGGAAUCUUCAGUGUGUUUCUCCAUGCUGCUGAAGCCCACCCACACCCAAGACUCCCUGUGUAAAAAUUGCCUGCAACGACGCUCUGGCUUCGUCAGCUUGAACUCUCCCCACGUGGCAGAUUGAGCCAGAGACCUAUGACCCCUGCAAACAGCAAAGAGCAGGUGCUGGCUCCCUGGCUGGAGGCUCCCUGGCUGGAGGCUGGUGAUGGUGGGUGCAGUUUGGGGACAGGUUCGAUUUCCCUCACACCUGUCCCUUCCCUGCUGGCCCAGGAUUCUUUUGUUUUCAAGAGAUGAAAAGGUUUGGGGGUUGUGAAUGUAACUCAGUUGCUAGAGGGUUUGCCUGACAAGGACAAGGGCCGUGGUGAGUGCUGAAAAUCCCAGCACUUGAAGGGGCAGGAAGAUCAGAGGUUCGGGGUCAUUCUUAGCUACAUAAUGAAUUUAGGUCAGUCUAUGCUACAUGAGACCUUGUUGAGGGAAAGAGAAAGAAGGAGAGAGAGAGAGAGAGAGAGAGAGAGAGAGAGAGGGAGAAAGAGGGAGAGAGGAGAGAGAGAUUAAAGUUUUCACAGAUCUCACCGAUGAGCCUCACAGCCUUCACCUGCAAAGACCACACUCCCAAUUCGGGUCUGGGGGGUACCACUCCAAGAAGGAGCUGCUGUGGGAAGAGGGUUUCAAAAUGGGCAGGUGCCUGCAAGGUCCAAAAUCUAUGAUGGAGAGGAGACAGGGUCAAGAGCCUCAGCCAGAGCAGACCUGUCAGCACAGUGCGUGUACCCUAUAACGCAACCCAUUUCAGCAUGCUUUGGGGGACCCAUCAAAUGCUGUCAGAGUCGAGUCUGAGCACAGAACGGGAGUGAGUUUUCAUACCCCCUCGCUUCUUCCGCUUUGCGAUCAAGGUUCUGUCAGCGUCGCCUUCUCUAAUGCAGUAUUUAAAACGUUCUCACAUCUGGAGAUCUGGGCGUUGCAGUCUGAUCAACUCCUAGCCAUCUGGUGGAACUUUCUGGAUUCCUCUGAUUUUAGGUAUCAUUUGCCAAGGCCUUGGGAUCUUUUCCCCAAGAGCAGGCUAGGAAAGUCCCUGGCCACUGCAGUUACAAACGUGGGCUAUUGUCUCUAGUUGGUCAACUGCUCUGUGAGGUUGGCCCAGGAUUCUGAAGGCUAGCUUGGCUGUGCCUGUGGGGCUAGCUUAGUAGAAGACCCUUGUCCCCACGGUCAGUAAAGUCUCCGCAGUGCUCACAUUCUUAAUGUCUAAUCCGUCCUUCCCAAUAUAUUACAGAUGAAUAUCACCCCCGCCCCCCAUCUUUGCUUUCAAUUUCUUGAUAAGCACGUGCCCCAAAAGAGGUAUCACAGCUGCCUGGCAUUGCUCUCAUAACCUACAUCUGGUGGAUGGGAAAGAGAGACCCUGUUGCUAUAGUACAGAUAGAGGUGCAUUUCCCUGCCCCAACUCCAUUCUUGCUGGGUUCUCCAGUUCCAACACACACACACACUAUGUGGGAGUCACCAGCCUUACAAACACAAGGGGGCAGCAGAGAGUCAAGAAUACAAAGAGGCAGCGUCUAGAGCUGGUUGAAGAAGUUGGGCUCUUUCCCUCCCACAUUCAAGACCGGCCUGCAAAAACUGUUGCACUUCUUCCAGCCUGCUGGCCUCCUUAGGAGACUAUGCCAUGGCAUGCAAGGAGACGCUCACAGAAGCCCGCUGUAACUCAGUGUGGAGCAAGUGUCUAUCCCCUCCUGUCGUCAGCCUACAGGGCACCAUUGUCCUUGGCCAAGGUCAGAUCUGAGGGAUUAUGACUUCAACUCAGGAAAAGCAAAUCAGAUGGGGAAUGUAGGGGUGGAGUGGGGAGGAUGCUAGGCUCGCAUUGCAGGCUAAGACUGGCCCUUCCAGCAUUAGAUCGGGCUCGUUCCACCCAUUCUAGGCUUAGUGGGAAGAGUCCUCCAUACAUCCUGUGUACUUCGUGGAAAAUAAAGUUUCUUUGUACAAUA